UGCCAGUAGCAUUUAGACCCCUCUCUUCAUCAUUUCUUUUAAGUGUUCUCACACUAUACUUUCCCAACCACACUAACACUAUAACCAUGGCGGCAGAAAACUCUGAACCCUCCAAUGCUCCCAAGUAUCUCCAGAAAGUCGAAUUAACCCAAGAAAACAAGGACCUCAUUGCCACCUUACCUUGCGAUGCGUUUUGCGAACCUUCCUAUACCAUCCAUCAAUAUGAUGGUUUCUGGUACGCCACAAAAAACUUGCAAGGAAUCCUCAAUAGCAAAAAACAUUUCAAAGCUCAUGACUCUGACAUUCUUCUUGUCACCUUACCAAAAUCUGGCACCACUUGGCUCAAAGCCCUAGCCUGUGCAAUUCUUAAUCGCAAGAUCCAUUAUCCAACAAAUUCAGAUCUUGAUGAAAACCAGUCUCACCCUCACCCUCUCGUCACUGCUAACCCUCAUGAUAUUGUACCAUUUUUAGAGAUCGAUCUCUACAUCCAUAAAAACAUCCCCGAUCUAAGCUCGUUCCCGUCACCAAGGCUCUUAGCAAGCCAUAUGCCAUACAUUUCGUUGCCAGAAUCAGUGAAGCUGUCAAAGUGUAAGAUUGUGUACUUGUGUAGAAACCCUAAGGAUAUGUUCACAUCAUUGUGGCACUUCAUUGAAAAGUUCGCACCACAAGUGGAAGAGCCCAGGUCGUUUGAGGAAUCAUUUGAGAGCUUCUGCGAAGGAAGGAAUCCCUAUGGCCCAUUUUGGGAUCACAUCUUGGGAUACUACAAGCAGAGUCUGGAGAGGCCAAAUAAGGUAAUGUUUUUGACGUAUGAGGAUUUGAAGAGUGAGCCAGCAAGGGUCUUGAAGGACUUAGCUGAAUUUAUGGGGCAUGGAUUUACUGAGGAGGAAGAGAAUGGUAAUGUUAUUAAUGAUAUCAUGAAGCUUUGCAGUUUUGAGAAUUUGAGCAGCAUGAAAGUGAACAAGACUGGCAAAUUGUUGAGUGGGGUAGAUAAUAAUGUUUUCUUUAGACGUGGAGAUGUUGGGGAUGGGGAGAAUUUUCUCACCUCUGACAUGAUUGAAAAGCUCAAUGUUAUUAUUCAAGAGAAGCUGGGAAAACAUGGCGUGAACUUUCAUAUCCACAACUCUUGAUUGGAAAGCUUAAUAAUGUUAUUUUCGUCAUGCAGAUGUCGUUGGAAAUCGCUUCCCACUCUUGCCUCUGAUUAGCCACAUCCUAGAGGCAUCAGAUGCGUUAAAAUCAGAGGGGGAGAGAGGCAGAUCACAUCUCGUUUCGUCUUCAUCGGAAAAUACAUUGCCAUUAGGAACCACCGAUUGGAACCUUUCGAAAAUAACAGAUAUGGGGUCGAGUUUUUUCUUCUUUUUUCCUUGGGGAACGCAUCUCUUUUCAGAACGGCCAUGUGAAGGUUGAUGAUGUACAGUUUGUUACUUCACCAAACUGCCAUCUGAGUUUUCGAAUGGAUUCAAGUUGGCCCAUUUGAAUAAAUACAAAAUAAAUCAAAAGGUGGAGGCUUCCGCAUAUAUAUGUCAAUAUAUUUUUAUAUAAUGUGCAUCAAUAUAUUAUAUGGCAUAUUAUAUUGUAAUAUGUGUUUAAAUAACUGGCAUUAUUAUUGUCAACAAUUAAAGGGUUUAAGUGUAUUUUUUUUUUUCUAUACUUUUCUUGAAAGAGUGCUAGUGUAUGGAGGUAGUGUUUGGUGUGGUUUCGUAUAUAUAUGUCAAUAUAUUAUACAAUGCUGCAUCAAUAUAUUAUAUGGUACAUUGUAAUAUGUGUUUAAAAAAAUUGAGUUAUUAUUAUCAGUAAUUAAAUUCAAAUAAUUAUAUA